AUGCCCCGUGAAAUCAAGAGCCUGAAGGAGUUCCUCGCCAUCUGCUCCCGCAAGGACGCCAGAUGUGUGAAGGUGAAGCACAACCCGACGCAGACAAAGUUCAAGGUGCGCUGCAGCCGCUACCUUUACACCCUCGUCGUUGCUGACAAGAAGAAGGCGGACAAAAUUGAGCGGUCCAUUCACCCCUCCGUGAAGAAGAUCACCGUCACGGCACGCUCCCACGCCAAAACAAAUGCCGGCAGCAAGUAA